AAAGAUCAGUUGGCUGAGAGAAGAAAUAACAUCCUGCUAUUACAGACUUUUUUAACGACGAAGACGAUAGGUAUGGCAAUGAUAUAUGUCACUGGGGCAGAACUCGAUUCAAUCAAAGAACGCUUGGUUGGAAGUAAAAAGAAACAAUACGCGUUUGUUUUUUACGUGGAUUGGUCUGACGGCUCGAGUUGUGACAUCUGGCGGAGCUACAAUGAUUUCUUUGAGUUUCAAUGCAGGUUAUUGGACUCUUUUCCUGAGGAAGCUGGCUCUGUUAGAGGAUUUGCAAGGAUUAUUCCCUACCUCCCAGGUGCGGCUGAAACAUAAAGGCAGCUUAGCAGCAAAAAGGGGUUUCACUGCUCGUUUUCGUGGCAUCGGGAGGGUGCUCAAAAUUAAAAUCGGUGUUUAGAGCACGGAGUUGUUUGGUUGGUCUACAUAUAUGGGCAUCACAUGAAGCCACACAUUUUGAUAGCACAUAUCGCAUUAUUUCCGACUAUAUAACACUAAGAUGAUGACUAAACAGCUAACUUUGGGCCGGAAUACCUGUUGACCCUUAGGGAGCCACUCACUUGAUGACUAACUUAAGGCUACCAAUGCAGGCUCCGAGACAACACGGAGAUGUUUUCACUUGACACAAACUGGGGGUAUGAAACUCUCAAAAAUUAGCCAUCUCAACGGAAAUUGACUUUUUUAGGUUAAUUAUUUCCUUUCACGAUUUGAUGCAACCAGUGCUCACGCGUGUGGAACUACUCUAAGGUACAAUAAUAAAUAUUUAAUUGGAAGUGACUUUAUGAACAAUGCGUGACAUAUUGAAACUUUGUCGCGAAGGGAACUACCAGUAAAUUGGAUUUGUUGGAGCAUUUUAAUAAAAUAAACAUUAUUACUUUUCUUUUAGGGAGAAAAAUCUUCAGGAAAAGUGACUUAGCUCUUGCAGAAGAACGAAAAUCGGACAUAGAAAGUUACGUUAAAACCUUGAUCAAACUUCCAUCGAAGAUCUCUCAGAGCAGCGUGUUGGUUUCCUUUUUCCAAAGAAGGGGCACCGAUCCGGAACGUUUUCACCAAUUUCCCCAAAGGAUUAAUAGACUGAGUCGCGAUGAAGAAACAUGCAAUUCAUUCACUGACGUUUCUAGUGACCAGGAAGGGAAGAAUACACCACGAAUUAAUGACUGUCUCAACACAAACCCUGCAAAAGAAGACUACGCCCAAGUAAGCUAUACAAAUCUCACAUUCGAGGCGUCAGGAAGUAUGGAAAGAGAGAGGCCACUAAAAAGCUAG